AUGGGUUGUGUAUCAAGUAAAGAUUAGCCCCAAUAAUAAUUCAAUAUCAAAUUACCAGAUUCAAGUACAUUGCUAUUACAUUAAUUUAGUCAAUCAAACAACACUUUAGACAGAUUUAGAUUUAUCUGACUCUUAAGAUUAUUAUUUACAAAUUGGAAUGAACUUAAGCAGUAUAGGAGAGCUUCAUCCUAAAGUUUAACUAGUGCAUUAAGAAUUGGGAGAUUUAUUCCCAAAUCUAUAGGGCCAGUAUAUCAUGAUGCCGGAUCAGAGUAUAUUUUUUGGAUAAACACUAAAUGGAAAGAGAAAUGGUUAAGGAAAAUAGCACUGGUAGAAAGAAGGAAACUUUUUAGAAGGGUAAAAUCUAUAUUCUAAUAUUUAAAGGACUUGGAUCGAUAAUCAACUAAAUGGAAGAGCUAGGAUGAUUUAUCCAAAUGGGGAUUAGUAUUAUAAACAAUUUAUAUUUGUUUAGUUUUGAUGGGAAUUUUGUCAAUAAUAUAGCUAAUGGUAUAGGCAAAUUUGUGAAUUCUCGUAAAGAAGUGAGAGGAUUUUGGCUUAAUAAUAAAUUGAUUGGAGAAGGUACAGAAAUAAGAAAAAAUGGAACAAUUUAUGUGGGACAAUUUUAAGAUGGCAAAAUUCAUGGUUAAGGCAAAUUUGAAUUCGCUAAUGGAUGUGUAUAUAAGGGUAAUGUGUAUAAGGGAAAGAUGCAUGGCAAUGGAGAACUUAUUUUUAAUGACAAUACUAGAUAUGUUGGUGAAUUCAGAAACAAUUGCAUAUAAGGAAGUGGAAUUUAUGAAGCCAGUAUUCCUAUUUAAGGUUGGGUAAGAAUAUAAAUUUAAAUUUAAGUUUCAUUCAAAAUAUGAACAUUAAACUAUAUUUCUGUAUUUUUUCAGAUAAGAAACACCAGUCUUAAUUGAUAACCAAGAUUGUGCUCUAAUUUAAAAAUAAUUAAGUACAUUUUUUGAUUGA